AACCCUACGUAUUAGGUAUUAGCAUCGUAGAACUACAACCUGGCUAUAACAGUAGCGAUUAGUCGAUAGAUUGUCUUUGGAUUUGUUAGACAACUUGCACAACACCAAAUCGUCAGCCAUGAACAUGGACAAGUGGGUGCAACUAAAUAAUCAGGCAGCUGGUAGAGAUAAAAUAGCACGUUUGAUACAAUAUGCAUCUCGUGCCCUAUGGGAUUCUCUGGAAGCGGCCGACAAAAGUCCGGCCAUGGUGGAAGAUUUCAAAUCACUGGAAUAUAUACUAAGCACAUUCCGUAAAUUGCUGCGUUUUGGCAAAUGUCUGGAUGUCUUCUAUGCCAGUUUAAGAACAAUACAUUAUCCCGACUUGGCCAUACGUGUCACCCUGACAGCUGGUAAAUUAUCACAGGCUCUGUUUCUGUUUGCCGAUCAUUUCCUUUGGCUGGCCCGCACCGGUCUCUUUAAGAGUAUCGAUGCCAAGAAAUGGGGCAAAUAUGCCAACAAGUAUUGGCUGCUCUCGAUCAUUAUGAAUUUAUGCAGAGACUUUUAUGAAAUCAUACGUUUGGUGGACUUACAUAAGGCCUCGAUACGCGGUGGUAUUUCACGCAGUAUUCCAUGCAACAUAAAAUCAAGCAAAGAUUUUAGCCGCCUUGCUUUGCAAUCUUAUGCCAUGGUUUUGGGCCAUAAGGACGUAUUUGUGGAUACUGUUAAGAACGUAUGCGACUUCUUUAUACCACUGACAGCAUUGGGUUAUACCAAACUGACACCACGUACAAUUGGUGUCCUCGGUGCGAUAUCUUCAUUGGCCGGUUUGAUUGCAAUGAUUGAACCAACUGCUAAAUUAACACCUGCUUAAUGUUAUUGUAACUAAUGAUAUUGAUGUUUUUGUUUUAGGAAAAAGAGUUUUUUCAUCUAUUAUUUAUAUUGGACACAUAUUUAAUCUA